GAAGGAACAGCUGGGACUGGGAGAAAGUGCGCAGGAGGCGGAGGGAGGAGCGUCUGCGCGCGCGCAGCGUAGAGAGGAGCCGCAGCCGCGGACGGGCUGGUCACAUUGGAGAGCGCAUCAUCGGGCGCAUCAGCGGAAAGGGAAGUCGGAGGGCGUGCACACCCACUGCUCGGGCGGGCCCCUAAGCGACCAGGCAAGCAAGCAGGCAAGCGAAAGCCUUGAGCUUUUUUGGACAGCCGAUCUGGAUCCGGGGCCGGCCUCCCCGUCCAGCUUGCUUGGCGAGGCCCGCUCGCCUUUUGCUCCAUGCAAUGCACCGCCUCCCUUAGCGCGAUGCAGCGGGCCGGAGGAGGAGCAGCGGCGGCGGCGGCGGAGCCCGGAGGCGGCGGAGGCGGCGAAGCGGUUGCAGCGGCGGCGGCCUCGUACCGGGUGCUGAGCCGCUUGCUGGGCUACGGCGGGGCCGAGUCAGCCGCAGCCGGCUUGGCGCUCGGCGGAGCCGUCGGGGAAAGCUCCGCUGCCGUCGCCGGCGAUCGUGGAAGGGCAGGCGGGCUCCGAGGCUCGCAGCUGCUGGUCUUCCGCCCCGGCGAAGCGGGAGAGCCGUCGGGGGUUUCCCCGUCCGCCUGCCUGCCCACGCCUUCGACGCCUCGGCCGCCCUCGGAGCUGCUGUGCGCCAGGCACAGGUGCGCUCUCCUGGACGCGCCGAAAGGCGAGCCUGGAGGGGGACGAUGCUGGAGCGGAGCGGCUGGCGGCCUCCUCUUCCCCCCGGGGGCCGGCCUGGAGUUGCAGCUGGCCGCCUUGGGGCUACACCAGGCUCCCCCGACGGCCCCGGGAGGGCCGGGCAAGCCUCCCGGAGAUUGCCCGUGCCUGAGCCUCUUGCCUCCGCCGCCUCUCGCCCCUCCGCCCACGAUGCCCUUGUUGCCCCCGGGGGAAGAGACCAGCGACGCCCUGCUCGUGUUAGAAGCUCUCGGCCCCGACGAGGAAGACGAAGAGGAGGUGGAAGCGGCUGUCGGGCAGGCAGAUACCUCCAGCCCGGUCGUCGCGGCGGGUAGCCGCUUCCAAGCACCCGCUGCUGCAACCACCACGACCCCGGGUUCUCCUCCUCCACCACCUCCGGCAGGCCCGGUGCCCGCCGUCGGAGCCAACCGCCCGAGCUCCUCCGCCGCCCCCUCGAGGAAAGGCUCCUUGAAGAUUCGCCUGAGCCGCCUUUUCCGCACCAAAAGCUGCAGCGGAGCGUCGUGCAACCCAACAACCUCCGCUGGUGCACGUCGGGCCGGGGAGAGGGAGCUGCUGCAAGCCGCAGCCCCCCGAGCCACCUCCGGCACGGCAGGGAGCCUCCCCGAUGUGUCCCACCCUGGGUGUCGGGAGCAAGAGUCGGGCAGAAAACAGAGAUUGAUGCGAACGCAAAGUGCCUUUUCUCCAGUUGCUUUCGGUCCCCUCUUCACAGGUGAGACAGUGUCUUUGGUUGAUGUCGACAUCUCCCAGCGCGGUCUGACGUCCCCACACCCUCCGACGCCGCCACCUCCCCCACGGCGAAGCCUCAGCCUUUUGGACGAUAUCAGUGGGACACUGCCUACAUCUGUCUUAGUGGGUCCGAUGGGGUCUUCGUCCCUCCAGUCUUUUCCUCUGCCUCCGCCGCCUCCACCGCACGCCCCGGAUGCGUUUCCCCGGAUCAUCCCGAUCAGAGCACCAGAAGCGGUACACAGCCAACCUGCACAGCACCUCCAGUGCCCUCUCUACCGGCCUGACUCGAGCAGUUUUGCAGCUAGUUUGCGGGAGCUAGAAAAAUGCGGUUGGUACUGGGGACCAAUGAACUGGGAAGAUGCUGAAAUGAAGUUGAAAGGGAAACCUGACGGGUCCUUCUUGGUUCGUGACAGCUCCGAUCCUCGGUACAUCCUGAGCCUCAGCUUUCGAUCACAGGGUAUAACCCACCACACCAGAAUGGAGCAUUACAGAGGGACCUUCAGCCUUUGGUGCCACCCCAAGUUUGAAGACCGCUGCCAGUCCGUGGUGGAGUUCAUCAAGCGUGCCAUCAUGCACUCCAAAAAUGGGAAGUUCCUUUAUUUCUUGCGAUCCAGGGUUCCAGGUCUCCCUCCGACCCCUGUCCAGCUCCUCUAUCCCGUCUCUAGGUUUAGCAACGUUAAAUCGCUACAGCACCUUUGCCGCUUCCGGAUAAGGCAGCUGGUCCGCAUCGAUCACAUUCCAGAACUACCGCUCCCCAAGCCUCUGAUCUCGUACAUCCGCAAGUUCUACUACUACGACCCCCAGGAGGAGGUGUAUCUCUCCCUGAAGGAAGCUCAGCUUGUUUCCAAACAGAAGCAAGAGGCAGAGUCUUCAACGUAGCGAGGGCCCCCCCUCCCGCCUUGCUGCUGUCACCAAUGGAAUUCGGUCACCAGUAUCCUGUCGCUGUGGAAGCCGCGUUGGAGACGACUCCCGGCGCUUGCUUUCUGGCUGUUUCUUGGCCUCCAGAGAGGACCCAGGGCUUGAAAAGAAAGCACAGCUGUGCGCAGAGAAACAGGAGCCAUGACCCCAUCUGGUUCCAUAACGAUAUUUUGGAAUCUGCCGAAAACUGGACUGCAAGCUCCUGGAAACAUGGAGAAUGUCAUGAUAUUUUUCUUCUUAAAUUUAUAUUUUUUGGUGCUUCCCUCCCCCUCCCUCCCCUUUCUUCCAGCAUGGGAAAUAGUGAGCCGGUUUUUACAUUUUGUUGACCUGUCUGGCAUUUUUGGGCUGGGGGUGGGCUUUGGGGGGCUGGGGUUGAAGGUGCAGCAGACUCUUGAGACUUAGCGAGCCGAGAAAACAAACCAACCCCGGUGUUUCCCUGUCAAAUUGUCCUUGUGGGAGAACACUGCUUUUGAAAGCAGGGCCUGAGCCCAAGGUAUACCCAGCUGUAUCAAGCAGUUGUGUUGGGGAUGUAAGGCCAAAGGCAGAGGGGAGCAGAGGGGGGGGGUUGGGGAGGGCAGCGAAUGAUGAGCUGAGCUGUGGCUUCCUGCUCCAUAAGGAAGGCUGGGAUGGAGGAGCAAUCAGCUUGUUCAAACAAUGGAAAAUCGCCAUGGCAUUUUAAGGGGUGUUGGCUGGGCCUGGCCAGCUGGGCCAGAACGCUGUUGCCUUCCUUCUGAUGAAAAUGGGAUGCGGAUAGCAUUGUGAAGCUUUUUCCCCCACUGCAAGUGCUGUUAGCUGUCUGUCUCUGCCUUUUCCCUCCCGCCGCUAUUAACACAGGAGCUCCAAGCUGCUGUGGUUUAUUUCCUUAUAUCAGGUGGAAGUAAGAUGCAAAGCUGGGCACCUGAAGCCAGUUUCGGAGCUGCCCAUCUCAACCUGUCUCUCCGAAGAUCACCUGCUAGAUAAGUCAGACUUGGCCAAAGGAAAUGCCUCCUUGAAUCUUCUUAACAUGCGAAGCACCUUAGCCCCAGGCCCCGCUGUGCGAGUGGGAAGGAGAAAACGAAAGUCUGGAGUGAGCUUUCCAUGGUUUCCCGUCCAAGGAAGACAGAUAUUCUCAUCUUCUAGCCCUAGUGGGAAACUUGCUAAAUACAGAGAAAUAUUGUGUGUUGUCUUAAUGGUUCACCCCACAACAGCAAGGAGUGGGAUUUUUUUAAAAAAA